AUGAGAGCUUGGGGGUACGUCCACCGCAAGAACAACCAGGACGUAUAUUACGAUGGACACGAAAGACAAGACGUUGUUCAGUAUUGCCAUGCUUGGGCAAUGCGAAUGAUGGGAUACAAACAAUGUAUGUCAGACUUUACUGGGGAAGAUGAAGAAAUUGAGGUGACCCCUCUUCUUUUGGAGAACCAGAAGAAGCUGGUUAUGGUGACCCAUGGCGAGUCCACCUUUUAUGCCCAUGAUGGAAAGGUGGACAUGUGGCUUGAGGAAGGUGAAAGCCACAUCCGCAAAAAAGAUCAGGGAAGAUCUCUGAUGGUCAGCAAGUUCCAGUGUGCUUGUCAUGGCACUAUGCGAGUGAAGGGAUGGGUCUCCCGCAGAAUAUUUAACGUUGGGACAGCAUAUGAUGAUGCCUUGGUUGCCACCCGCAUGGUUCUAAAGCCAAAGAUCGUUUCUGAAAAUGACAUGUUCAUUUUCAAAGAUACAACAUUUUUGAGGGAUGGGCAUAUCAUCUCUCAAUCGUUUUAUGAGACAGUCUUUGAAGCUGGAAGGAAAGGAAAGGGGCCGGUGGAGAAGAGACAGUUUGUUGGCAUCCAGCAGAUCCUUCAGGAGCGUGGACUAAGAUGGAGAAUGGACUGCAAUGGAGAAGAAGCAGAGAACCACUGUUGCUGUGCCCGCCACCUCUUGGCCUCUCAGCCCGACUUUUCUGAACAGAAGACAGCUAUUCAAGAGGUGGUGGAAGAGGCGGGUCACAUAUUUGAGCUGUACCCCAAGUUCCAUUGUGAAUGCAAUUGGAUCGAGCGUUAUUGGGGUGCAGCCAAACGUGUGGCUCGCCUAAACUGCGAUUAUUCUUUCAAGUCGUUAGAAAAGAAUCUCCCAUCUUUCUUGGACAGUGCCUCUCCUGUGGCUGGUUCUCCUUCCAUAAUCAGGAGAUUUUAUAAAAAGACUUGGAGAUAUAUUGAAGCUUACAGCAAGUUUUUGGAUGCUAAGGAUGCUGAUGCUGAGAUGAAGAAAUUCACCUCAAGAAUCAGUAAAUCUCACCGCAGCAUUGGCAUCCAUGAUUAA